CGCGCGGUGCAACCAAUGGGAGGGCGGGGCGGUCAUGACGUCAGGAGGCGGCAGCGGGGAGGUGUAAGCGGCAACGGCGGCAUCAUGGCGGCGUUUCCGGGACAGGGCUGCCCCGGUGCAGGACAGGCCGGGCCGUACCCCGGCGGCCCCUACGGCGGCGGGCCCGGAGCCCCCUACGGGCAGCCGUACGGGCAGCCCCCCGGCGGGGCCGCCCCUCCAGGCUGCGCCCCGCCGGGCGUGGAGCCCGAGGCCUUCGCCUGGUUCCAGGCCGUGGACGCGGACGGCAGCGGCCACAUCUCGGUGCGGGAGCUGAAGCAGGCGCUGCUCAACUCCAACUGGACGGCGUUCGACGACGAGACCUGCCUGCUGAUGAUCAACAUGUUUGACAGGACCCGCUCCGGGCGCAUCGACGUGUACGGCUUCGCGGCCUUGCUGCGCUUCAUCCAGCAGUGGAGGAACCUCUUCCAGCAGUUCGACAGGGACCGCUCGGGCUCCAUCAGCUUCAGCGAGCUGCAGCAAGCCUUCUCCCAGAUGGGCUACAACCUGAGCCCCCAGUUCAGCCAGCUGCUGCUGUCCCGCUACGCCCCGAGGUCGCCCGACCCCAGCAUCCAGCUCGACCGCUUCAUCCACAUCUGCAUGCAGCUGCAGAGCACCACCGAGGCCUUCCGCGAGAAGGACACGGCGCUGGCGGGCAACGUGCGGCUCAGCUACGAGGACUUCCUCACCAUGGUGGUGACCCGCAUGUUGUGACCCUGCCCUGGGACCCUCCUCGAGCUCUGCUGGUGCCUCCCGGCCCUGGUCCCCGCUCGAUGGCAGCGGGUGUCUCCGUGCCACAGCACGGUUCUGCUGCCCUGGGGCUGUGCCACAGGGUGCGAAAGCCAAACCGGGAGCGAGCCUGUGCCAUGCCUCCGGGGAUUGCCUGGAUCUUCCCCUGCCAGACCCAAAAUCGUGCGGGAGCUCGGGGCCAGCUCGUGCCGCUCAUGGGCGGCAGUGGGGUCCCUCGUCGCCAACGUCUUUCAGUUUCUGUCUGCCUGUGGAAGCCGAGCUGGGGAGGGCUUGCAGCCCGUUUGUACAGCUCCGAAUAAAACACCCCGCGCACUGUU